AUGUCUGCUUCAAAAAAAUCAGUCAUCGCUGCACCCGAUGUCCCAUAUUACACUCCAUAUCAAGAUCCGCCGGUGGGUCUUGCCCUUACAGAUGAUAGCCAAACUGAAUCACUCCCACCGUUAUUUCAGCCCCUAACCAUUAGAGGCGUUACAUUCAAUAAUCGGAUAGCGCUGUCUCCGAUGUGCAUGUAUUCCUCCAAAGAUGGACUGUUAUCUGAUUGGCACCUCGUGCAUCUAGGUCAGUUCGCGCUUCGGGGCGUGGGACUGAUCUUCGUCGAAGCAACUGCCGUAACGCCCGAGGGAAGGAUCAGCCCUCAAGAUUCGGGAUUAUGGAAUGACGAUCAGAUCUUGCCGUUAAAGAAAAUCGUGGAUCUGGUACAUUCGCAGGGCGUUAAAAUUGGAAUUCAACUUGCUCAUGCUGGUCGUAAGGCUUCGACAAUAUCGCCAUUUCACGCAUUAAAAGAAAAGGCCGUUUCUCAUAUGCUUUUGACCGAAGAAGACGAUGGUUGGCCGAAUGACGUAGUAGCACCAUCUCCAAUUCCUUGGGAUGAGCACCAUGCAGAUCCAAAAGAACUUACUAUCUCGCAAAUACUUGAAAUUCAAGAUGCAUUCGUUGCAGCCACGAAGAGGGCUUUGAAGGCUGGAUUCGAUGUUGUUGAAUUACAUUAUGCUCAUGGGUAUCUAGUUCAUGAAUUCUUAUCUUCGAUUACGAAUCAUCGUAACGACGAAUAUGGUGGUAGUCUGGAAAAUAGGAUUAGACUUGCUAUUGAGUUGGCGAAAAAAGUAAGGGAAGUUUGGCCAGAGGAUAAACCAUUAUUUGCCAGAGUUUCCGCUUCGGACUGGGUUGAAAAUGAUGAAAAAGCUUGGGAUAUUAAACAAACAAUUGAGUUAUCGAAACAUUUGAAAUCUGCAGGGGUCGACCUUGUGGACACUUCAUCAGCUGGUAACACACCGAUGCAAAAGAUUAAAAUGGGCUUCGGAUAUCAAGUAUCAUUUGCCGAAGCGAUUAGGAGAGAGGUUGGAAUUUUAACAGGCGCCGUGGGAGCAAUUAUAGAGCCUGAACAAGCAAAUAAAAUUAUCGAGAGUAAGCAGGCAGAUAUUGUGCUCGUAGCCAAGGCGUUUCUACAGGAUGGCAGUUGGGUUUUUAAAGCUGCUAAAGCACUUGGAGCUGAGAUUCAAGCACCUCAACAAUAUUAUUAUGCUAUCAAACGAUUAGAGAAUUUCUUAAAGCACAAUCAAAGAUCUUGA